GCUCCAUCUGCCGCGCGGGGGCGGAGCCAGCGGUGCCGCGUCACGUGACGGCGGUGGCGGCGGUGACACCGGUGACACCGGGAGCGGGCCCCGCCGUCCCACGCUGCCACCAUGUCGGGCAAGGACCGCAUCGAGAUCUUCCCGUCCCGGAUGGCUCAGACCAUCAUGAAAGCUCGUUUGAAAGGAGCUCAGACUGGUCGUAAUCUCCUGAAGAAAAAAUCUGAUGCUUUGACACUUCGAUUUAGGCAGAUCCUUAAGAAAAUUAUUGAGACUAAGAUGCUGAUGGGUGAGGUGAUGCGAGAAGCUGCCUUUUCACUUGCUGAGGCGAAGUUUACAGCAGGAGAUUUCAGUACCACUGUGAUCCAAAAUGUGAACAAAGCUCAAGCCAAGAUCAGAGCUAAAAAAGACAAUGUAGCAGGUGUAACCCUGCCAGUUUUUGAGCACUACCAGGAAGGAGGAGACAGCUAUGAAUUGACUGGCUUGGCCAGAGGUGGAGAACAGCUGGCUAAGCUGAAGAGGAACUAUGCCAAAGCUGUGGAGCUGCUUGUGGAACUGGCCUCCUUACAGACAUCCUUCCUUACUUUGGAUGAUGCCAUUAAAAUAACAAACAGACGUGUGAAUGCAAUUGAACACGUGAUUAUUCCCAGGAUCGAGCGUACUCUUUCUUAUAUCAUCACAGAGCUGGAUGAACGAGAACGAGAGGAAUUCUACAGGUUGAAGAAGAUCCAGGAGAAGAAGAAAGUAUUGAAAGAAAAAUCUGAGAAAGAACGGGCGCUGCGAAGGGCUGAUGGUGGGGAGUCUGAACCAGCCAAUCUGUUAGUAGAAGAGAAGGAUGAGGACCUUCUCUUUGAGUAACCCAGCACAGUUGUUGGAUAUGGAACAGGGGACCCAGAAUAAAGAAUAUCCAAUUGAAAUAUAAUUCAGGACAUGUUGCCUCAAUGAUACUUACGUGGCUUCUCAGUUGGUGUGUAAGUCUUGAGUUGAAUGGAUUGUGGAUUUCUCCUGGGAGAUUAGAAAUCUGUGAACUUAAUGGCAACAUAAGAGGAAAAGGAGAGAUGAGGUGCUUUACUAUCAGGAAAGCUGCCUAUUAUGUGUUCAACCUGUUCCUUCACUUAGUAGGAACGACUGUACAUAGCUGUGUUUUUUGCAGGAUGACUCUGGAUUUGUCUAAUCAAGAUUCCUCUAUAGUUAUUACUCCCCUUCCUAGUGCAUGCUAGGAAAAUGUUAUUUAAGAAGGGAGAUGCAUGUAAUGUUCUUUACUGCAGAACUAUUAAUGUUCAUGUUGAUUAAAGCAGGUAUUGGCACGCUUAAGUCAAACAUCAGUAAAGACAACACUAGUUUUCUGCCCUGUUGACAAAAUCCACAGUCCUCUCUGACUUUUGUUGCACGAUUGUUACCAUUGAUCUAAGACCUAAAGAUCUUGGUUUUAAUUAGAGGCUCUGCCAACUUGUGUACUGUCUGUGCUAGAAACAAGUAAAAAUUUUAAAUGUUAAA